AUGGAGGCAGCCGUGCUGAACCCCGCCGCCAUGGCGGAGGUGGACUGCAACAGCAACACCCUGAACGCCGAGCUGGAGGUGAAGAAGCUGCAGGAGCUGGUCCGGAAACUGGAGCGGCAGAACGAGCAGCUGCGGAACCGGGCCGGGCACGUCCUGCCUCCACCCGGGGGGUACCGCCUCCCCAGCCCGCUGCCCACCCUGCUUUGUCACUCGUCCUUACUGGGCUCAAUUUCUCCUCCGGAGGAACCUUUCGACUAUUUUCAUCCUCAAGGAGCUGCUGGUGCUGAGGAGGAGGAGGACUCAUCCGAACCGUCGGUUCUGGACGAGCUCGAGCUGUUGGACUUGGAUUCUCUGAGCUGCUCAGACGAAUCUGAUGAGACCUGGUUAUAUGUGACAUCCAAGGCCAAAGAGAUCACAAGCGAUGCCCUCACACCUCUGCAGUGGUGUCGGCAGGUUCUGGAUGGACCCAAAUCAGAGGUUGAGGCCGCCAGGAGGUCUUUGUCCCUUCGUCUGGAACAAGUCUCCAGGUGGCGUAGCUCCCUGUCCAUCCCUUCCACCACCUCCUUCCCCGGAUCCCCUUCAACUCCAGCUGUCGGUGUGUCUUCCAUCGACACUGCCCCCUCAGUCAAACCCUGCUCAACUCCCCAACCGGCUGAAAGACACGCAGCUUCAUCCCUGUCCUCCCCCCUCUAUUGCAUUCUGAGCCCUGUGGGGAAGGAGCUCUCCCCUGUAGCUGAACGGACUCCCACAUUCCUCCCUCACCAGACCAGUCGAAGCUGCAGCCUCCAGCUCUCUACCCUCAGCCCACAGUCGUCCGUGGACAGUGACCUCGGUACAUCGGAGGUGGACGAUGACUCCGUCAACCUGGAAUAUAAACUGCAGGACCUCACGGAUGUCCAGGUUAUGGCCCGACUCCAGGAGGAGAGUCUAAGACAGGACUAUGCCAGCACAUCGUCCGUCCUGGCCAACCGCCGCAGCCAGAGCUUCACCUUCCAACUCAGCCAGCUCAGCGCCGGCCCCGACCUGGAGGAGGAAGACGAGGAGGACGACGAAGACUACGGCCUCCUUCCGCCGCCGCAGCCGCGCCUCACCCGCCUGCCCCACUCCCACACUUUCUCCAGCAUCCGAGACUGGCGAAGAAGCACCAGUUCUCUGUGCACCCCUCCUUCCACCCCCUCCACUCCGCCCUACCCUUCCGCUGGCUUCGCCUUCCAAGCUCAGCCCCCCGCCCAGCUGCAGGAACUGGGCAGCCUCUGUGGAGCCGAGCAGCAGGGCUUCAGACCAGGAUCAGAUAAAUUGCGGAGGAGCAUGCCUAACCUUGUCAGAGCUCCCAGCCUUCCCAGUGUGCCCAUUAUCACCCCUUCCAGUGCUUCGUUUGCUUCGUCUGCUUCUUUGCUUCGUAACAGUCAGAGUUUUGAUUCGUCCAGUGGGUUUUCACGCCUGCAGUCCUCUAUCUCACCUCCAGGCCAGUUUCAGAACAGGGUCCAGAGCGUGGGGAACUUCACCUCGUUGUCACGACAACCACUGAAGGCUACCGCCUAUGUGAGUCCCACCAUCAAGGGCUCGAGCUCCAUCAGCCUCCAGUGUCUGAGCAGCAGCAGCAGCGGAAUCCCCCUCCUCAGUAAAGCUGCAGCCGGAGGCGGAGCCUCCACCCUGACCACCCAGCGCAGCAACCUGCCACGCCCCGCCUCCUUCGUGGGCACCACAAGCUCCACCUCCCGCAGCAAACUCGCCCAACCAGCACGAAGUGUACUGACCCCUCCAAAGAGCUUGUCCACCUUCACUGCCCUCCGUGAUGGCGCCUGGAGAGACGGCUGCUACUGA